AUGGAUAAAUUAUUAUAAAGAGAAAUUAGGAAUCAUUUCUAAAAUGAAAAUUAUGCAGCUGAUGUAAUCGAUAUGAUUGAGAAAGAUGAAGAAUUAAUCAAGAAAUGCUAUGAUAAAAUGGAUGAUGUAAUUCAUGCACUAUAUUUAGUGGUAAUUUCAAACAGAAGAGGAUUUUUUAAAAAAGAAACUGCAAAUGCUUGGCUUAUGCGAGAAGAAAGGAUUGGAUGGCUAAGUGAUGCUUUAUCCAACAAUAAAGAAAUAAAGGGUAUUAAAUAGAGAUGAAUUCAAAGGGAUGGUCGAUAGAUUAUAUAAAGUGAAAAAGAUGUCAGAUAAUGAUUUUGUUCAUCUUAAUUAAACAGCCAGAAAAUAAAUAUAAUAAAUGAAGGUCAAAUAAUAAUUGCUACAAAAAUAAAAGAAUAAAAAUACAAAGCAAGAGUCUUUCUUUGAUAUGAUAUCAGAUUCAUCAGAAGAUUAAAUUGAAUGA